UCCCUUUCCCUUUCCCUUUUCCCUUUCGAUGAAUCCCUAAUGCCCAAAUGCCAAAUCUGAGACUCUGACUCUCAGAGUCUGAGUGGAAACCUCCCUAACCCAGCCAGUCUCGGUGCUCUCUCCGUCUCUAGCUCGGCAGUUGGCACUCCCCCUCACCUCGUCAUUCUCUCGUCUCUCCCUUCACCUCGACAGUCGUCACACUCAGUCUCUCACGGCCUCACCUCAUCGCUCUCUCAGUUUUUCACCUCGUCCCCUCACCUCGGUCGUUGUCGCGGUCCCGUGCCCCGCGCUCGCUUCGCCGGCGGCAGAAGCAGACGGAACCGCAUCUGGUCCCUCGAGUGGUGGUGGUGGUCAUCGUCUUCUUGCUUCUCACGGUCUCUGUCUCGUACCUGGUCUCGAUCUCUCCCUUCCCUGCGCUCUUCGUUGCCGAGGCAACAGAUCCCGGUGGGCUGGUCUUCGUUAUCGUCUUCUUGCUUCGAACCUUGCCGUCAGCUUCUCCCUCGCCAUCAGCUUCUCCUUCGCCGUCAACUUCCUUCGUGCAACCCGAUUUGAAUUGGACUCCUUAUCAACUGGUGUAGGAAGCAAAUUGAAGCCAUGUACCAAGUUUUUCAGCACCUCCCAGGAAUUAUAUCCUGUCUUGAUGUCUUCUCUGAGUAAAACCUCUUUUGGCAAGUCCUCAAUAUCCAAACCCAAGCUCUAACCUCUAUUCUCUACUUCCAAGACACUGAUUUGAGCAUCAGGAUCCGGUUUUAAGAGCAAACCCACCUGUAAAAAUCAGUUCUUUCUUCCCAUGAAUUCUGUUUCUAUAGGUUCCUUCCACCCCAUAACCCCACCACUAUGCAAAUUCCACCAAAACCUUCAAUUGAAGCACCAACAAGAUUAUCUCUGUGGCAGUGCUUUCAAAUUUUCAUCAAAUUCCCUAAAAUCAAAACCCAUUAAGCCUAUUUCAACUUUGCUGCAAGCCACUGAGUCAGACACAGAUGCCCAAGUUUCAAUCCCUGAGGGUUCUGCAUCCGUUGUUUACAUUGAAGAAGUUGUUGAAAAGGACUGGUCUAUACUUGAUUCUGUUGAGUCAAAUUCUAAUGUAGAAUUCAAGAGAAGCAUUGAACGUAUUGUAUCUGCUGGGAAUGUUGAAGAGGGUUCAAGGGUCUUAGUUUCAACUGGGUCUGAAGAGUUUGUGGAUACAUUGGUGGGUUUGUGUAAGUCUCUUUUUGUGGUGCACGAUUCACUUCUGAUAUUGGCUCUUAUUAAAGAGAAAUAUGAUAAGGUUAAGUGUUGGCAAGGAGAGAUUGUGUAUGUUCCAGAGAAAUGGGCUCCUCUUGAUGUUGUUUUUCUCUAUUUUCUUCCUGCUUUGCCCUUCAAACUUGAUGAGAUUUUGGGGUCUUUGGCUAAGAAAUGUUCACCUGGUGGAAGUUGUUGGAGGAGUAAGAAUUGGAAUUGUUUGACUAACAACAAAGAUUCUUGCAAACUUGAUUGUGAUGGGAGGGGGCAUCUUGGCAAGAGCAGUUGUUUAGGCAUAUCGCCAAGCACUUACUACUGUGAUACCCCCCAAAUGAGCUUUAGUGGCUAUAUUGGAGCGAUUUCAUAUGGGAAGACAGCCGCUAAUAAUAAUAGCAGAGGCAGAGCUUUGUACUGAAGUUGGACUUGUUACCAGAGUUACUUGUAUACUCAAAACAUGAAGUGCCUGUUUGGUUCAUGUCCUCAGCUGGAGAAAAUGUGAAUUCCCACUCAAUUUUACACAAAGAUCCUCUCACGUAGAUUUUUACCUGGGUCCGGGAAAUCAUGCUUCUCUAUGUCAAUUGUAAACCAAAAGCAUUUGGUUGGGUUUCUUCUGUUUCUGGGAUUGAAGUAGGUACCGAUUUUCCUUUCACCAGUUUUUUGCUAUUGCUUUUGAACAAGCACUUGUUAAGGAGCUUUGCAUGAAAAAUUAACACAGCCAACUCUCGGAGGUGACAUGAGAUGGUAUAUACAUACACACACUUGGUACAUGUGUGAUUUUACUUGCAUUAUAUAUGUUAAUGAUGUACAUUGAAACACAUAAGAGAAAGGAUGGGUCUUUUAUAAAUAACGAGGCAUUAACUAUAGUGGAACAAAUUGAGCUGAAUAUGACACAGUCAAAUGUACAAUAUUAAAAGCGAGCCUACUACUCUCUUUGAUGCUAGGAGAUCAGUUGGUGAUAGCAACAGACACCCGAGGACAAAUAUUUGAGAUUUUUAUGUAAUUAGAUGAUAUUGAAAUAUGAAAGUUGUUUUAUUUUAUUUUACUUUUUAAAGAAAAACAGUAAUAGUUAUGUAGAACAAUACCAUAUGCAAUUAUGUUUGGAACUAUUGAUAUUGAGAAUUUUUU